CUCCCCCUUGCUGUUUGCGGCAGCGCUCGGCGGGGCGGUUGGGUGCGCGCGGUUGCUAGCGUCGCUUUACGGCCCGGCGAUGGCGGAGGGCGAGCGGACGGAGCAGAGCGGCAGCCUCGGGCGGCCCCCCCUGGUGGGGGAGGCGGGGGCGCUGGAGAGGGCGGAGGCCCUCAAGAGCCAGGCCAACGAGUACUUCAAAGAAAAAUGACUUCUGAUGGGGAAGCAAAGGGAAGCUGCAAGAGUGGUCAUGUGCUCCCUCCCCGGCAGUGCAGGCAAGAACUACGAGAACGCUGUGAAAUAUUACAGCGAGGCCAUCGACCUGAACCCCGCCAAUGCCAUCUACUACGGCAACCGCAGCCUGGCCUACCUGCGGACAGAGUGCUAUGGCUACGCACUGGCCGACGCCACCAAGGCCAUCGAGCUGGACAAGAAGUACAUCAAAGGCUACUACCGGCGGGCUACCAGCAACAUGGCCCUGGGCAAGUUCAAGGCCGCCCUGCGCGACUACGAGACGGUGGUGAAGGUGAAGCCAAACGACAAAGAUGCCAAGAUGAAGUAUCAGGAGUGCAACAAGAUUGUGAAGCAGAAGGCAUUCGAGCGCGCCAUCGCCAGUGAUGAGCACAAACGCUCCGUGGUUGACUCCCUGGACAUAGAGAGCAUGACCAUCGAGGACGAGUACAGCGGCCCCAAGCUGGACAACGGGAAGGUGACGCUAGCGUUCAUGAAGGAGUUAAUGCAGUGGUACAAGGAUCAAAAGAAACUCCACAGAAAAUGUGCCUAUCAGAUCUUGGUGCAGGUGAAGGAGGUGCUCGUCAAACUCCCCACUCUAGUAGAAACCACGUUAAAAGAGACAGAGAAGGUCACCGUGUGCGGAGACACCCACGGGCAGUAUUACGACUUGCUGAAUAUAUUUGAACUGAACGGGCUGCCGUCUGAAGCGAACCCAUAUAUAUUCAACGGGGAUUUCGUUGACCGCGGCUCCUUCUCCGUGGAAGUGAUAUUAACGCUGUUCGGUUUUAAGCUGCUGUAUCCGGAUCAUUUCCACUUACUCCGUGGGAAUCACGAGACGGACAACAUGAACCAGAUCUACGGGUUUGAGGGAGAGGUGAAAGCCAAAUACACAGCCCAGAUGUUUGCACUUUUCAGCGAGGUCUUUGAGUGGCUGCCCCUGGCGCAAUGCAUCAAUGGCAAAGUAUUGAUAAUGCACGGCGGGCUCUUCAGCGAAGACGGGGUCACGUUGGACGACAUCCGGAAGAUUGAGAGGAAUCGGCAGCCUCCGGAUUCAGGUCCCAUGUGCGACUUGCUGUGGUCCGACCCGCAGCCUCAGAACGGCCGGUCGGUCAGCAAGCGCGGCGUGAGCUGUCAGUUCGGGCCUGACGUCACCAAAAGCUUCCUGGAGCGGAACCAGCUAGAUUACAUCAUCCGGAGCCACGAGGUCAAGUCCGAGGGCUAUGAGGUGACACACGAGGGCAAGUGCAUCACCGUCUUCUCGGCACCCAAUUACUGCGACCAGAUGGGGAAUAAAGGUUCAUACAUCCACCUGCGGGGGUCGGACCUACGCCCCGAAUUCCACCAGUUCACAGCUGUGCCUCACCCGAACGUCAAACCGAUGGCCUACGCCAACACCCUCCUCCAGCUGGGGAUGAUGUAACCUCCCUUGUCACCGCCGCCCCCGCCUGGAGGCCCCCCAUGCUAGGCAGAGACGGCCCCUCGGCCUUUUUACUUUCUUCCGCCAUCAGCCCGGGCUGGCCAGGCGCCGGAGCGUCCAUCACGAGGGCCGGGGGAGGGGGGGUGUUGCCGUGGUUCUCUUCCCCCCCCACGCCGAGCCCAUUUGUAGUGUUGCCGUGAGCUGGUGCUGCACAGCUGAGAGGCAGAGCAUUAGCAAGGAGUAUUUUUUUUUUUAA